AGCAUGAACCAGCAGCAGAGAAUGGCUGCGGCAGGAACCGACAAAGAAUUGAGCGACCUCCUGGACUUCAGCAUGAUGUUCCCCUUGCCCGUGGCCAACGGCAAAAACAGACCCACGACGCUUGCGAGCACGCAGUUCGGAGGAUCAGGUUUGGAAGAGAGGCCGGCCUCGGGUUCCUGGGGAACAGGAGAUCAAAACAGCUCCACGUUUGACCAAGUCCGGCAGGGCUACGGCGAAGGCUCGCAUUACGGAGAGCACAGGGACCUCCCGUCUCAUAACAGCAUAUCUUCGUCACCAUUCCUGGGGUCUGGAAUCGUAGGGAAAGGUACCGAAAGAAGUUCCUACCCGUUUGGGAGAGACCCAGGCAUGCCAGCCCUCAAUCAGGCUGGCUUUCUUCCCAGUGAAAUAGGGAUUUCAAGUCCUAGCGCACUAUCUCCGACAGGGGUGAAGGGCAGCUCUCAGUACUACCCGUUUCCCAACAACCCACGUAGGAGAGGAGCAGACAGCAGUAUAGAUGGGCAACCUAAGAAGGUCCGAAAAGUGCCCCCGGGACUCCCCUCCUCGGUGUAUCCCCCCAACUCAGGCGACGACUACAGCAGGGAACCAGCGAGCUACGCUCCUUCCAAACCCCCCAGCACGGUUUACCCUGGAGCCUUCUACAUGCCAGACGGACUGCACAAUUCGACCGACCUGUGGAGUUCUUCGGGCACCAUGGGCCAGUCCAAUUACGGAUCCAUUUUGGGUGCCUCCUCUUCCCCCCUUCCUCAGUCUGGCAACUUCAGUGGUCUUCACCAGCACGAACGAAUGAACUAUCAGAUGCAUUCAGGAGAAGUGAAUGGAGGGCUCCCAUCUGUCUCCGGGUUUUCCUCAGCCUCUACCCAGUAUGGAGUGUCCAGCCACACCCCUCCAAUUGGCGGGACAGAAAGUGUGAUGGGUAACAGAGGAACCACCGCCGGUAGUUCAGGGGAUGCUCUCGGAAAAGCAUUGGCUUCGAUUUACUCCCCAGAUCACUCUAGCAAUAAUUUCUCUUCGAAUCCAUCCACACCGGUGGGUUCCCCUCAGGGAAUAACAGGUUCUUCGCAGUGGCCCCGAUCAGGCGGACAGGGUGCCUUAUCCCCAAGUUACGAAGGGACCCUUCAUACUUUGCAAAACAAAAUGGAAGACCACUUGGAUGAAGCAAUCCACGUCUUGAGGAGCCACGCCGUGGGCCAGAGCAACCACGGGGACAUACACGGCUUGCUAGCUUCCGCAUCCGGGCACAGCACCUCGGUGGGGGCGCUCAACCAAGCGUUCCCCCCUGCCUCGGUCUUGCCGAUCGCCAAUCGGCACUCAAACUUGGUCGGAGGAGGUCACCCUGAAGACAGCCUCUCCAGCAAUUCCAGUCUACUUCACAAUCAUGUUGCUCUCCCAGCCCAGGCCAACUCGCUCCCCGACCUCAACAGAGGACAGUCAGAUGCCUUCAGUGGCUUGACGGGGAGCUUGGGGCGGGCCAGCGUCUCAUCGGGAACGAGUGAGAUCAAGCGGGAAGAUAAGGAGGAUGACGAGAACACGUCUGUGGCGGACAACUCGGAGGAAGAGAAGAAGGACCUCAAGUCGUCCAGGAACAGAACAAGGUGCUCACUGAACAGUCAAGAUGAGGAUGAGGAAGACGACCUUCUUCCCCCAGAGCAAAAAGCCGAGCGAGAGAAAGAGAGGCGGGUUGCCAAUAAUGCCCGCGAGCGCCUGCGGGUCCGCGACAUCAACGAGGCCUUUAAAGAGCUUGGGCGUAUGUGCCAGCUUCACCUUAACAGCGAAAAACCUCAGACCAAACUGCUAAUUCUCCACCAGGCCGUGUCGGUUAUUCUGAACCUGGAACAACAAGUUAGAGAACGCAAUCUGAACCCCAAGGCGGCCUGCUUGAAACGUCGUGAAGAGGAGAAGGUGUCUGGUGUGGUGGGUGACCCCCAGAUGGCGCUGUCAGCAUCCCAUCCAGGUCUAGGAGAUGGGCACAACCCUGUGGGACAUAUGUAAAGAUGAUUUCUUUUCUUCUUCUGGGAGCAGACAUCUGUCGGAAGAAGGGAAGGCCGUGUCCCGCCCCCCGCCCCUGGUCCACACCAGAAAC